GUUAAGGGCAACGAGAGCAGUGUGAAGUUGUAACAUUCUGAAAAGUAGACAUCAAGGAAGGAUCGAAAGAAAAGAUGCCGGCAUCAGCAACGAUGAUCGGAGCUCUACUGGGACUGGGGACCCAGAUGUACUCCAAUGCUCUUCGUAAACUCCCUUACAUGCGCCAUCCCUGGGAGCAUGUUUUGGGGAUGGGUUUAGGUGCCGUCUUCGCUAACCAGCUCGUCAAAUGGGACGCCAAACUCCAAGAAGAUCUUGAUAAGAUGCUCGAUAAAGCCAAAGCCGCUAACGAGCGCCGUUACUUUGAUGAUGAUGAAUAAAUUGCACUGUGGAGUGGCCUUGCAUCAAUGGUGUUCGGGAACUCUCUUUGAUUUUGCUUAUGUGCCUGCGCCAACCUUUUAUUUUAGUACAUGAAUAAAGAAUGAGUUAUACCUAUGGAAAUUCAAUCAGGGGAGUUAAUUGAUCCCUGUAAUCUGAUAUUAUUUUUGUGUUCUUCAUUAAAUAUCAUCUUGUUUCAAGAUUGGUUUCGUUAUAUUUUUACCAGUGAUGCACGAACAGCAGUGUCCCCAA